AUGGGGGACAUAACAUUCGACGCGUGCGUCGCGAUGUGGGGCGAAGUUGCCUACCUCCGCCGUGCUGGUCGCAAGUUGAAGCUACUGGUUGAGGACGUGAAAAAGAGGAAGCAUAUUGUUGCCAGUUUGCCCAGUAUCAAACUUAACAAACAGCUUCUUCGUCCGUUGACAAUGGAGAUGGCACGACAAGGGCGGAUCAGCAAACCUAUAGAUGCAAUCAAGGAUGCUUUCGCUGCAUUCUACAAAAGCCAGAUCGAAGAGGACGAGGAUUGCAAUGUCGAGUCUCGAGAGACGGAAAUCAAGAUCACCCGGCUGGCUUCAGGACGCUGUGCGCUUGAAAAGAGUAAGAGCGGCUCGCGAAAGCCACUCGACGACUGCGCGAUGGGGGACGAGGAGUUGCGUGAGGGUCUGCAGAAGGCAGAUCGCCAGCGGUCGGAUGGUCAUAGGUCUCGUUUGGAUUGCCUUAAAGCCCCGCCGAAAGCAUUUCUUGACAAAGCACUCGGCUUCCCGCUAGAUGAGGAAGCCCUGAAGGUGCAUUUCAAGAAGAAGCAAGAAGCUCGCGAGGCUGCACGGGCAUUGCAGGACGAGCCACCGGAGUCGGCUGAGCCGGCAAAGCCAGCACCAGCCCCGGCAGCUGAGUCAACUCAGCUGGACACUGCAAGUGUUUCUGAGCAGGGCUUCCCCUCCGAGGAAGCUGAGCGGGUUGAGCCAGGACCGCCUCCUUCGACGUAUCCUGACGUCGAUCUUUCCACACCGAAGAAGCCCAGAGGCACCCCAUUGCAGGAAUCGGCCGACAAGAAGCGCCAACAAUGGGCUCGACACGGCCUCACGCAGCUGGCUGGAGUGGAUCCGGAUACUCUUCGUGCGACGUUGAGCUCUUUGCGGGCAAGUCCGCCGGCUUCAGCGUCCGCCGGAGCUAUCGGAAAUGAUGCAGCUUUUGCAGGCGGGAUGGACAACUUGGAGACACAGGCUGCCAGAGUGGUGACUCGCAAAGAUCAGUUGGCUUUGUCUGCGGGUAAGAAGGACAAAAACGCAGAGAAUGAUGCUGAAGUGUCCAAACCUGCAGGGAAAAGAAAGAAUGGUCCCGGCAGCCACUUUCGACGCGGAAUGUCGAAGAAGCGACUUCUCUCGCGCAUGAUGAGCUUCCGGUCCAAGAGCGUCGAGACAGCUGCUGCCUCGCGCACAGGUUGCGGGAAGUCUGGCAAGAAUGCCACUGGUCCUAGGGAUGGCAGCAAGACUGCCAAGGAAGGCGGCAUGCGUGGCAAAUCGGCCAAAGCUGGCAGCAAGGCUGUCAAAGAUGAUGAUGGCAGCAAGCCUGCCAGAGGUCGUGGCAACGCCGCCAAACAUGGUGGCAGCAAGCCUGCCAGAGGUGGUCGCACGGAGGCUGCCAAAACUGGUGGCAGCAAGCUUGCCGAGAUUGCCGAAGCGAAAACGGCCACGAAGCCUAAGGCCAAAGCCAAAGCUGGCAAGCGUGCUAAGCCUUGUGAGGAGGAGCCUUGCGAGGAAGGUGCGGAAUGGCCGAAUCCGGAGACUGAUGGCAGCGAGCCACCACGUCGGAUUCGCAGGAAAACGCCCGCUUCGGAGGUUGAGCCUCCGUGUGCUACGGAGGAGGCGGAGGAGCCUGAGGGAGACGAAGACGUAGAAAAGAAGCCGAUUUUUGCUAGACGGUAUCGGCCGGGGGCACGGCCCCUGAAUGCUGCCCGGUGGGAUGCGAUCAGAGAUGCCUACAACGAGCGAGUGAGGCCUUUCGUGUACAACCACACGAAGACGGAGGAUGUGUUUUGGAUGUACAUUCAGAACAAGCUCAAGGAGCAUGGCGAGAAUGUCACUGCCGAGGAUUGGCCAAGCAGGGCUAUGAACUUUACAUGGGAGUUCUUGCGCGAUGAUGCUGUGAGUAAGCCGUGGUCGCACGAUGGAGAGUAUUUCUUUAACGGAUCCAAGCGUUUCACGCGCAAGCAAGUUCACCAGUGGCUUUUCUCAGAAGCGUGA